AUGAUCGCGCGCCGCUUCGGCGGCGUCGCCGCCGACUCGCGCACCGGCGGCAAGGGCACGGCCCGCCGGAAGAAGAAGACGAUGCACAAGACGGCGUCGUCCGACGACAAGAAGAUCGGCGCGACGCUCAAGAAGCUCGGCUGCACGGCCAUCCCCGACAUCCAGGAGGUGAACAUGCGCGGACCCGGCGGCGAGGUCAUCCACUUCGGCCAGCCGCGCGUCCAGGCGUCCAUCGGCGCGAACACGUUCGUCGUGAGCGGCGCGACGGACACGAAGCGCCUCGAGCAGCUCAUGCCGGGCAUCAUGUCCCAGCUCGGCCCGGAGAACGAGCCCGCCAUCAAGAAGAUCCAGGAGAUGAUGGGCGCGACGGGCAUGUCCAUGGGCCAGAUGGCCGACCCGAACCGGUCGAACCUCGAGGGCUCCGACGACUCCGACUCCGACGACGGCGACAUCCCCGAGCUCGUCGAGGACUUCGAGGCCCAGGCCAACUAG